AUGUAGUCCUAUGUACCUUUCUAAAAAAACAAAACAUCUUUUUCUCGCAAGUGAGUCAACUAAAGUUCCAACAACCAAACACCAGGGUUGUUCAAAAUCCUAAACAAUCAUAAAUCACCAAACUUUGAGUCUUCACAAAACCUGUAAUCAAGCCAACAAAUCAAUAUAUGGCGAUUCUGUAUGCCCAGGUGGCAAGAGGUACGACAGUACUAGCAGAAUUCAGUGCGGUAUCAGGUAACACCGGAGCAGUUGCUCGCCGGAUUCUUGAAAAGUUACCGGCGGAGAAUGAAUCACGGUUAUGCUUUUCACAAGAUCGAUAUAUAUUUCAUAUUCUUAGAUCUGAAUCUAUCACCUUUCUUUGUAUGGCCAACGAUACUUUCGGAAGAAGAAUCCCAUUUGCAUACUUGGAGGACAUUCAAAUGAGGUUUAUGAAAAACUAUGGCAAAGUGGCACCGUACGCUCCUGCUUAUGCCAUGAAUGAUGAGUUUUCAAGAGUUUUGCAUCAGCAGAUGGAGUUUUUCUCUAGUAACCCUAGUGCAGAUACGCUCAACCGUGUUAGGAGUGAAGUUGGCGAGGUACGCACCAUUAUGGUGGAUAACAUUGAGAAAAUAUUAGAGAGAGGUGAUCGGAUUGAGCUUCUUGUUGAUAAAACUUCAACAAUGCAAGACAGUGCCUUUCAUUUUAAGAAACAAUCAAAGACACUGCGUAGAUCACUUUGGAUGAAAAAUGCCAAACUACUGGGCUUGAUGACUUGCUUGAUAUUUCUAUUUCUAUACAUUAUAAUUGCAGCUUGUUGUGGAGGAAUCACUCUAUCAUCCUGCAGAUCUUAACUUAUCUCGCUUGGGGGGUAUGCAAUAGGCGGAUUCUACAUUGCUUUAUUACUUGUUAUGUUGUGUCGAUUGUUAAGCUUAUACUUUGACUAGAUUGUGUAUAUGAGUUUUGCAUAUUUGUUCAGUCUUGUGACGCUAUCUGAGUUGGUCCUCAACAGUGAGUUAUCUUCAAUAUCUUGUAAAUUAUAUAAGGGUUUUAGCUUGGAAAGUA